AUGAGCUUAUUUAAACAUCUUACAGCUCUGAUAUUCUUAUGGCUCGAAGUCACCAGGCCUUCCUCAGGCAAACUAACUUACGCGCCGACCAAGGUGGAGUGUCCGACGGAUUUUGGGAUACGACAAGGACGGGAAUCGAUAGGAAUUGGCGAAAGUGUAUACCAAGAGGGAAGGAGAACCAACGUUUUGCCCGAUGCGUAUCAAAAAUACUUGGAUAACCUGAACGCUUUCAUCGCUUCAAGCCAAGAUGAGACAUUAGUCCUUCCCAGCUAUGUUACUCGGAUACUUUCUUCAAGAAACGAAGCAGAAUUGCCAAGACUUUCUAUAGCAGUCGGUGGAGGUGCUUAUCGAGGGGCAAUCUUCGCGGCCGGCAUCCUGAACACGUUGGAUGGGAGAAAUGUCAGUUCCGUUGGCACUGGGAUCGGAGGUCUUUUGCAAACUGCAGAUUACAUUACUGGACUCAGUGGGAGCGCCUGGCUUGUGGUCUCGUGGGCUGAGUCUGAGCUGGCGCCCUUCUAUGAUCUCGUACUCGGCGGCACGGGUAGCUCAAGCCGGAGAUCAGGUUGGUUCACCCAAUACGGCCUUUUUGAUCACUUGAAAAAAUUCUUGUUGGGAACAAAAUAUUGGUCAAAAAUACUGGACCAAGUAAUUGAGAAAGGUCUUGCGGGCUUCCCGAUUAGUUUGGUGGAUUUGUGGGGACGGGUUCUGAGCUACCAUUUUUUAUCUGGCGUAGAAAAACCAUCACCUGAAUUCUUCGAAGGAAACUUUUCACAAGGUCUCAACGAGUCAUUUUCCGGAUUUCUUGAGUAUCCAAGCUUUAAGAACUAUUCCCAGCCAUACCCGAUCAUCACCACUCUCCCGCUGAGUCAGAUCAACCCUGGAGAAUUUCCAAGCCCACCUACGUCGACUCAAUAUGAAAUUUCGCCACAUGAGUUCGGCAGUUACGACCCUGUGCUCUCUGCCUUCGUAUCUACAAAACAUUUAGGCACACGAAUGUACUCCGGGAAGCCUAUAGAUCCCAAAAGAUGUGCUCUAGAUUUUGACAAUGCGGGCUUCCUCAUGGGAGUCUCCUCCAACCUCUUCCCUGCAUACAGAAUCCUUGCUCGCGCCUUCUUUAAUCUUACUGUUCCUCUGAGCAAGUAUACCCCCCACUCAAUCAAUGCCAUAAUUCCUAAUCCUUUCUUGGGCUUAGGGACUGACGAUUUCCUCCAAAGAACUGACGAAGAUUUGGAGCUUGUCGACGGUGGCUUUGGGAAUGAAGUCACGCCGUAUGCACCGUUAUUAGUUGGCGCUCGAGGGGUUGAGGUCAUUUUUGCUAUUGAUGGGACCAGCGACUCUGAAAAUUACGCCAAUGGGAGUUCAAUCAUCCGAACUGCUGCGCGAGUAGCCCAACUUCCAAACGCCUAUAAAUUCCCACAAGUUCCUUCAAACGUCUCAACUUAUACCACCGAAGGCCUGGUCCGCCGUCCUACGUUUUUUGGCUGCGACGAGCCAAUAGACGUGCCACUAGUCAUCUGGGUCGCCAAUUCACCUCCAAUCGAUCAAUCGACCGGACUCACCAACACCUCGACUGUCCAACUAUCAUACCCCUCUAACCAGACUCGGGCAAUGAUGAACCAGGCCAUUGACACUUCUCUAAGAGGAUUUCCUCCACAAGAUCUGAUUAAAAAGAACAUCUACCGAGAUCCAUUGUGGCCGAUUUGCUUGUCAUGUGCUGUUACCGACAGAGCUCGUGCCAAACAAAAUCUGGAUCGAACAGGUCUAUGCCAAGACUGCUUCACCCGUUAUUGUUGGCAAAAAUCUUGA